AGUAUCGUCGAAAAACUGAAAAGCCGUUUAGUAGCCAUGGUGGAUUUCCACUCUUUUGGUCAGCUGAUAAUGUUUCCAUGGAGUUCCAGGUCCAAGCCAACUGUUGAUCAUAAUCUCCUAGAAAACACUUCUAAAGUGAUGCAGAAGGCAAUAUUCGAAUACAAAAAUAAAAGCUACACCACUGGUCAAACAUACCAAGUGAUCUACCCUGCCUCAGGAUCUCUACUCGAUUGGAUGUAUUCUGUGGGAAUACGUCAUAGCUACGUCAUCGAAGGCCGCGAUACAGGCGAGCAUGGCUUCCUGGUACCCCCUGUGUAUAUCCAGGAGGCAGGUCAAGAAAUGUACAUAGCAGUCAAGCAGUUAGCAAGCCAUCUCGAAAGAAAAACUUCGGUUAGGGCGCAGCACUAUCCUUGGUUUUAGAUAAGUAUGACCAGACUUUUAACGCAGAAGUAGAUACUAAAAUGUAUGAAUAUCUAACUUACAAACAUGUUACUUUAAACAUCUAAUGUAAAUUAUCAUAAAUAAACAAUCAUUUUUAAUUUGCCGUUAAUAGGUAUUGAAAUUAUGUAAGUACCUACAUAAUUCUAUUAAUUCAAAGAUAGCAUAAGGAUGAGGAUAUCGAUUCGUCUCAAGAUUGAUUGAUUUUGAGACUUGAGAUAGCAAUUAAGCGACUUAAAGUACAGGUACCUACUUCUUUACAAUUCAUACAAUUUUAUCGCACAUUUACAGUGCUGGUUCAAGCUAUGGUCCCGCGCUGUAUUUUCUACUCAGUUUUACUAUCGGAAGGAACUGGGCCGAGAAACUAGUUUCAUUGUGUACCAGUUGUUAACCUAAACUGUUAACUAGAGAAACCACUUUAUAAAUAUCGCGAGAAAGGGUCGUUAUUAGUAUUUUCCACGGCCAUUACUUCGCUUCGCGAUCUAAGAACGACUUGUGUUAACCUGAAACCUACUACAGUGUCCUCAUUAUUUUAGCCUAGCGGCAGACUAUGGACUUUUUGUCGGCCGAUAAUU